UCUUGCGGGCGGUUUCGCGGAGUCUCGUUCACACCCACACGCCCACUCUCACACCCACACACAGACACAUAGUAGUGUAGACGUACCCUCGGUGCUCGCUCUCUCUCUUUCUCUCUGCGUAAGACUGGUCCCCCGUUUCUCGACACCCCGACUGAGAUGGUCGCUCGAGAGUUCGUUAGAGCGUUCUUCCCCAUGAUUUAGGGAAACGCCCUGCUCUCCGGCCCCAUCGUAAACCGACAUGUUCAAGUCCCGCGGCUGUCGGCAUUCUCUCUCUCUCUCUCUUCCUCACCUCUCACCCCUCAACCCCCAAACGCAACCGAAGAGAAGCCUUCUCACGCACACCGUCCGCGACCGUCUAUCCAUCCCGGGUGUCCUGCCGCGGCUUCCCCGGGUGUAGCUCGUCUAGCUUUCUUCCCACAUUGCUCCUGCUCCGCCGAUGCGAUCCAUAUCUGCAACCAACCAUGCCGCAUCCAUACAUGACCCCGACGACCCGACAUUUUGGGCGGGCCACCACCGAGACACUGCCGGGACCUGACAACGUCGGGCCGUACCUGCUCCGCGUCAUUUGGGCUAUGGCAGGACUCUCGACUCUCUUCUUGGGCCUGCGCGUAUACUGCAAGCUCUCGCGGCGCCGUCGGUUGUGGUGGGACGACAACUUCCUCAUUGCCGGCUGGAUCGCCCUCAUCUACGCCAUCUCGCUCCUGACGGUCGCCGUUCACCAUGGGCUAGGCAGGCAUUACGAAGACUUGAGCGAAGAGGCCAUCGCCAGCAUGGGCAUGUUCUCGAUGGCCGGCGGGUUCGGCAACAUCCUGGCCACCUGCUGGACUAAGACGUCCUUCGCCAUCACGCUGCUGCGCAUCUCGGAGGGCGGGAUGCGCCGCACCAUCUGGUUCAUCAUCAUCAGCGUCAACCUGGUGCUCGGCUCCAACGGGGUCAUCCACUGGAUCCAGUGCUGGCCGGUCCAGAAGACCUGGCGUUCUUACCUGGAGGGCUCCUGCUUCACGCCCGACAUUGUCCGGAACUACAAUACUGCCGUUGCCGUUUUCUCGGGCGUGAUGGAUAUCGUCCUCGCUCUCCUUCCGUGGAAGAUCAUCUGGUCCAAUACGAUCAACAGACGGGAGAGGCUGGGUGCGCUGGUGGCCAUGAGUGCCGGUAUCAUCGACGGCGUCAUGGCCUUCCUGAAGAUCCAGACCAUGUAUGUCAUCGGAAACGCCAACACGACCACCGUAGAUCUGCAGAUCUUUGGCACCGCCGAGCCAGCCACCGCCAUCAUGGCCGCCUCCAUCCCGAUGCUGCGCGUCCUCAUCCAACGCGACGACAGCUCGAAGCCCUCACAGCCGGAAUUCGUGCAGCUCAGGACGACCUCGUCGACGGCGCGAGGAACCGAUCUCCUGUCGAACGAUACCGACAAGAAAAGGUCGACCGGGAGUUCGUGGCCGGGGCUUGAUGUCCAAGCUGUGGAAGAGGUCCACGUUCGCCAGGGCGAUGAAAAGGAUAAAAAAAGUAUUGGGUUGGCUGUGUAAUGCUACUUUAUCUUUUUCUUUUAUCAAUUUUUUUUCUUUUCCCUUUUGUGAGUGAGAACCAAGCGAAUGAACUAGCUAAUCUCUCCUCAACACAAUCUGGGAUGGAAACCUUGUGAUUGACUGCAAUGCAACUUUCGACCUUUUGCUUUCUUUAUCAAGUAUUAUUUUGUAUGGAAUACAGCUCACGCAGCUUGGAAAGGUGCCUAAGGUAGCUAAAGGCGGUUUAAUCCGAGGGAACUCAGCAAUGAACUUGAAGACUUAGGUAAGCAAGCG